AUGACAGAGAAACAACCAGUAGCACAAGGAAAAGGAUUUACCAAUCCUGCUUUAAAGGUCAUGGGUAUAUCAAGAAUUAAAUUACCUUCGAGAAAUUGGAUGAUUUUUUGGUCUGUUUUAACAGUUGCUAUUUCUGGAGUUGUAUAUGAUAAAUAUGAACAAAAGCAAAUAGUAAAACGAUACAGUAAAUCAGUAGAAUCCAAGUCCUGUGCGAAAAUGGCGACAAAUAGAGUUCCAAGAAAAAUUACUGUCUUUAUUUCACCCCCACCAAAUGAUUAUUUAGAGACAUCUUUGAAAAUUUGGAGACGUUACAUCAAGCCAGUCUUAUAUUCUGCUGGGCUAGAUUAUGAUAUAGUGGAGGAAGAUAAACAAGGGGUAAUUAGAACAUAUGUAGCUAAUGAGAUUAGAAAGAUUAGAAAAGAAUAUUUAUUGGAACAAUCAGAAAAUAACUUGAGAAAUCAAAAGGAACUUUCAGAUUUUGAAGAUUCUUUAAAUGCUACACAUGGUAAUGAUGAAUUAAAUGGGAGAGAAUAUAAGAGAAAUUUUGAUUAUAGGGAUUUAAUUGGUGUAUUUUAUAAAAGACCUAAAAUAGACAAAAUUAUUCAUACAGAUUCAGAGCCUAUAGAUCCUACCUUAACUGGUGGUGUGAUUUGUUUAGGACGUGGUUCUUAUAAAGAAUAUAUAAAUGGAUUGCAUGAGGGAUUAUUGGGACCUUUAGAACAACCAGAGAUUUCUACACUAAAGGAUACUGCAGAAGAUAUAGAAAGGAAGGAUCCUUCUGCAGAUGAAAUAAGAGAUGCACUUAAUGAACAAACAAACGAUAACAAUAGUGAAUUAUCAAAUGCCAAUAUGAACAAGCAAAAAGAUGAUGAUAAUAAUACACUCGACGAAAAUUCAAAUAAUAAUGACAAAAAGGAAGAUGUAUCCAAUAGUAAGGAUAGUAAAGUGUUGGCACGAUUUAUUUCUCCAGAAAACUAUUCAAAUGUGUCAUUAUCUGAAGAAGUUGUUAUGCAAUUACCAGUUAUCAAAAAUCCAGCCACUGGUGUUCCAAUAUUUUUACAUCAACCUGUAUUAAUGAUACCUGUACCCAGCUUAUCUGGUUUUACUACUAUUCCAACGAGGAUUAUUAGAUUUUAUCAAAGAAGGUUUUACACAGAGCAGGUAUGUUCCCAAGUUGCACAUUUAGUUAAUCAAGAUAAUAUUAGACCUUUCAAAGAUCCAGUUGAUUUACUCAUUGGAGUGGAAGAAGAAGACGAUUGGCCUAGCCAUUGGGUCAAACAAGGUCUAAAAAAGAAUAGUGAGUGGGUUCAACCCUUAAAAUCCGACAAACGUGUAACUGAAUAUAUGUCCGUUUUGAAACAAGAUUAUGACACCAUUAAUAUUGAUAAAAAUAAGGACCGUUAA